CCUCCAUUCGCGUCACAAUCUCGUAUCCACUUCAGAUGUCGGGGGAUUAUGAGAAUACUGAACUUCCGCGUUGGUUAUCGGUUUCUGUCGAUAUGACUGCAGCAGCCGUUACUCAUGUCUUUCAUCAUCCUCUCUACACGCUCAAAACCCACAUGCAAAACAAAAACUUCAGUUUUCUCAACUUCUUCAACUUGACCCGUCAACGUCAUGUUAGAUUCCUCUUUAGCGGCGUGGUUGUGCGUACCUUCUUUGUGAUGCCGGAGAAAAUGUUGAAGUUGCAGGCGUUCAAGAUGUGUCUUCACGAUCUGCAAAAGAAAGGAUAUAGCAAUAAAGUGUCGUUGUUGUUGGCUGGGAGCGUGGGUGGGGCGGUUACCACCAUAAUCAAUUGUCCAUCAGAGUUGGUGAUGGUACAGGCACAAGCUAAUGAUCGUCGUUUAAAAGACGUUCUUAAGGAAAAGAAAAAGUUGCAUCGUUCCUAUCUACGAGGCAUCUAUACUGGCUUUUGGCCUUCCGUGUCUAGAGACAUCGCAUUCAAUGGUGCCUUCUUUCUUGUUCGUUACUGGGGAAUUGAAAAGUACGAGACGUACUAUAACUGCACGUGUAAUGACAGCUCGAAAUUCUGGAUUGGCGCUGUGGCUGGCUGUGUGGGUGGCACACUCGCUUGUCCUUUUGAUGUUGCCAAGACUCGAUCUCAAGCAAAUGUAAACCAACCAUUCUUUCUUAGGACAAUGUAUGACAUCAUUAAACAUGAAGGAGCACAUAAACUUUUUAGUGGUCUGUCUACACGUCUGAUGAUUCUUCCAUCAAUGAUGUCUCUACUAGUGGUCGUACAAGAACGACUAGAGAGAUGGUGCAGAGAGUUUUUCUCUCCUUACCUUCAACAACAGGUUCAAUGAAUCCUUUUACAAAUGCCAAUAUUUGUAUGUCAACCUAUACAUUGAAACAAUCAGCUGUAAAUACGGUGAUUUUGCAUACCGUAUAUAAUUUCUCCUGUUAAAGUGGUAGUGGGUCUUCUUAACACAUGGGCAAUAUUUACAACACGUCACGUGGUGUUAUGGCAUGAUGAUUGUCAGUCAUUUGGUCCAAGGAGCUUCACCUUAACUACAAAUCCUAUAUGGACCUGUCAGUAU